CAUCCAUUCUUCCAACCACACACACACGAGAGGAGGGAAAAGGACACGGCUCUCUCCCACCUUAAAAGCAGGCCCGAGUGUUUGACGAUAGAAGCACAAGCUCUCCUUCUUCUCCACACCAUUCACACCAUCCCCAUCUUUCUAUCUCUCAACAUGAUCACUCACCGACAACUACGACGACGAGAAAUCCCCACCGGCAACCGGUUCAGUCUCGCGAAGCCAGUUCCAAGAGGUAGAGAUGAUCACGAUAGCUUCCUAGGUGAUAUGGUGCAUGCUUCGCCGGCAGAAAGAACCACCGGCAAGCUUGGUGGUACUCCUUCACAGCCAUUGUGGAAGACCAUGGAGUCUCCGAUGGCUCGAUCGGCUGACAGCUCUCCGAUGCACAAGCACCACAACGGUAAGCAAGUAGUUCCGACUCCAGGAGCUCGGGAGAUUGCCAGGUACAGGCAGGACAUGUUGGAUAUGGUGAGGGAGAUGCCGGAGUCUGCUUAUGAACUCACGCUGAGGGAUAUGGUGGAGACUCCGAGGAUAGCCCAGACGGUGCAGGAAACGAUAGAGAAGAGGAGAGAAGAGGCAAAGGAUAAAGCUGAGAAGGUGAAGGAUCAAAGUAAAGAGAAGAGAAGGCUGUUGAGAAAAGAGAGCAUGGAAACUGGGGUGUUCCUUAGAAUGUUCGUGCCAAUCUCUCUGGGUGGAGGUAGGAGGAAGAGCUCAGGAGGGUCUAAUACUUGCGCAAAGGUGUCACCGAGGCCUGUCCUGGCAGAAGCAGAGAAGGGUGGGAUUGUAAGGAUGAAGGGAGAGUUGUGGAAGAAGAAUGAUUCCAACGGUAAGGGAAGCAGAAGCAGGAAAAUGAAUGGCUGCUAUGAUUUCUUCCUUACAAAUAAAAGCCGAUCCAUGUAAAUUUGAGGGCAGUCCUGUUAUCGGCCCCUGUUUUGAGAUGUUUAGUGUUGUCUUUAGCUGUUCAUUGGCAGAUGAGAAUGUAAUAUGACCUGUACAAUGGUUUUGAACUUUGCUUUAUCAUUUGUAUUCAAAUCUAGUGUCUGAGAAGUUGAAAA